AUGUCAAAGCAUCCCAGAACCGCGCUCCUCGUCAUAGACAUCCAGGACGGUUUCUUGGAGCCUACUUUUCAUACUUGGGGCCCCUCUCGAAGUAAUCCAGAUUUCGAAGUGAACGCCGCUUCUUUGAUAAACGCGUAUCGGCAUCUCGUCGCCAAGUCCGAGUCGGCCAUACACAAGAUUAUACACGUACGACACGCUUCUAAAUCAUCUACAUCCCCUUUAUGGCCCACCGCACCAGGCUUCAAGUUCCAGGCCUUCGCCACACCGAAAGGAGAGGAACUCGUCAUCACCAAAAACGUCAAUUCUGCCUUCAUCGGCACGAAUUUGGAAGAGGUCCUAAAGGUGCAUUUUGGAGGGGCUCCUGGCACGCUGUUCAUUAUCGGGCUGACCACGGAUCACUGUGUUAGUACCAGUACGCGCAUGGCUGGGAAUCUCGGCGUGUGUGAUGAGCCGGAUGGGGAGAGGGGGGAGUGGUGUUGGGCGCAUAUUCAAAGUUUGGAGAACGAGUUCGCUACGAUUCGUGGGACGGAGGAUGUGAGGAGGUCUUGGGAGAAGUGGGUGGCGGACAGUUAG